AUGGGCUGUGUUCAAAGCUUCAGGGAACUGUGUGACCGUCCAAAAAAUACUAAUGUUCGUUUUAGUCUUCCGGCUGUUUGCUUUGUGUGGCAAACAGCCAUGAUCAUCUUGUUUGGGAUUUUUAUUCGUUAUAAUGAGGAAUCCAGUACACGGUGGAUAGAGUACAGGAGAGAGAAAAACAUAUCGAGUGACAUUGACAAUGACUUCUACUUCAGAUAUCCAAGUUUCCAGGAUGUCCAUGUGAUGAUCUUUGUUGGAUUUGGCUUCCUGAUGACCUUUCUGAAGCGGUACAGCUUCGGAGCCGUGGGUUUCAACUUCCUCAUCGCAGCCUUCGGCCUCCAAUGGGCUCUGUUAAUGCAGGGCUGGUUCCACUCCCUGGAUUACACUGAUGGGAAGAUCAAAAUCGGAGUUGAAAGCCUGAUCAAUGCAGAUUUCUGUGUGGCUGGCUGCUUGAUUGCCUACGGGGCAGUGCUGGGUAAAGUCAGUCCAGUCCAGCUGUUGGUCCUGACUCUGUUUGGGAUCACAUUAUUUGCUGUAGAAGAAUAUAUUAUCCUAGAUCUCAUACAUGCCAGAGAUGCUGGAGGCUCCAUGGUGAUCCACACAUUCGGAGGUUAUUAUGGUCUUGCCAUCUCAUGGAUGCUGUAUCGACCAAACCUGGACCAGAGCAGUCGCCUGCAUGGCUCCGUCUACCACUCGGAUGUCUUUGCAAUGAUUGGCACUCUCUUCCUGUGGAUGUUCUGGCCAAGUUUCAACUCAGCCAUCACAGACCACGGGGACGGGCAGCACAGAGCAGCCAUAAACACCUACCUGGCUUUGGCUUCCACUGUACUCACCACUGUCGCCAUUUCCAGCCUCUUCCAGAAGCAUGGAAAACUAGACAUGGUUCACAUCCAGAACUCCACUCUUGCUGGAGGUGUUGCAGUGGGAACUGCAGCAGAGUUUAUGCUGAUGCCCUACGGGUCUCUUAUCGUAGGAUUCUGCUGUGGUAUCAUCUCUACAUUGGGAUAUAUCUACAUCUCGCCCUUCAUGGAGAAGUACCUUAAGAUCCAAGACACAUGUGGAAUUCACAACCUCCAUGCCUUGCCAGGAGUCAUAGGUGGCAUUGUGGGAGCCAUUACUGCUGCAGCUGCAUCAGAGUCAGUUUAUGGUCAUGAAGGGCUGAUUAACACCUUUGACUUUGAGGGCGAAUUCAAAGACAUGGUACCCACCCGGCAGGGUGGUCACCAGGCCGCGGGCAUAUGUGUGGCUAUCUGCUUUGGUGUAGGCGGAGGCAUCAUUGUUGGCUGUAUCCUAAGAUUACCGAUCUGGGGUGAUCCUGCUGAUGACAACUGCUUUGACGAUGAGUGCUACUGGGAGGUGCCUGAGGAGGACGGAGACAUCCCACCAGUCCUGCAGUACAACAACCACAUGCAGAACAAAGAUGUCGGAGAGGAACAGCAGAUUAACCAUGAUCCUAUCCGCUCUCCGCUAGCCCCUUCAUACGCUCCGUUACGCCAGCAUUUAAAAGGAGGAGGGGACGCCAUUCAGGCCCAUGAUAUGAAUCCCAGACGUACGGACAAGAACAGAGCUUUCACCUCUGUUUCACAGAAAAGACCCCUUUCUGGCACCCUCUAA